CUUAUGCUCGUCGCCAAAAGUCGUAGUCGUCGUCGUCGCUUCUUGCCCCGCACACGGCGCUCAACUGAAUCCGACUCAGAACUCAAAGUUUGCACAACGCUAUCCACACACACACACACAUCCAACCACACAGCAAAAGUCAUACCAGAAUUAUUCCCCCACGAUCGUGUAAUAUUCGGCAUCAAAACCAUCGAAAUCUAACAACAAAUCUUUGUGUUAAUCUGCGAAUGUUUUAAUUUAGUGUACCACAGAUCAUGAGAUCGAAUAAUCUCUUCAAAAGUUGGAAAUUAAGGCCACAAUAUGAAGCGUAGGAAAAGCAGAAACAAAACGCCAAACGCUGAUUUUAAACGUUCCAGAGCUGGAGUCAUGUCAUGGGAUUGUUAUAUAAAGGUUCCAGACUCUUGAACAUAAUUCUGGAUUCCCUGGAAGAUCAAGAGGGUGGAGCUAUGUACAUAUCGUGCGAUGUCUCAAACGGAGGUCCCGUGGAACCAGAAACGGGCUAUGUGCCCAACAAUCCCUUAUUCGGCCUGGCGCUGGACAGUCCGCAGCAAGAGUGCGCAGCAUCCUGCGUCGGCUGUCUGUCCUGCCAAGGCAACACCGCCCUGCCCAUCUCCUCGCUCACCAGCAGCGACUUUGACUGCGGCGGCUGCUUCGAUCCCACCAUCGGUGUCGGCAUCGGCAUUGGCAUCGGCGGCGUCGGCGGCCACAUCCAGAUCAACACCACCCCGCCGGCGAGCAGCGGCAGCAAUCUAACCGGCACGGGCGCCGGUAGCGGCGGCAACAACGCCGGCAACGGCAGCAACAGCUACUGGAGCACCGACGAGAUGGCAUCCACAUUCCCCGGCCUGCCGCCCCUGGACAUUGAUCCGUUGCCCAGCCUGUUCCCCUUCUCACCCUGCGGCGCCUCCUACAACUUUGCGGGCAAUCCGCAUCAGGCCUCGCUCUCCUACACCGUCCAUCCCCACCAGAUGCUCAUCUCGCCGAACGGCGGCCAGCAGCACGGGCAUGGCAACCACCAGUCGCAGCAUCAGCAUCACCAGCAUCAGCACCUGCACUCGCAGCAGACGCAGAACCAGCCAUCGCACGGCGGCAAUGCGCUCCUCCAGGGCAGUGGCUCCUCCAACGGCGGCGGCCCCGGCAGCGGUUCGUGCUACUAUGAGGCGGGACCCAGUGCACCCACAGCCGCCGCUGCCAUGUAUCCCAGCAUGAGUGUGAACGUCAGCAUGAACAUGACCAUGCACCAUGGCUAUGGGGCAGCCGACGGCACGGGCGUGCCCAUGCAGUGCUCCCAGAUGAACUGGACGCCGCCGAGCAGCUCCUCGGCCGUGAAUGUGCUCUACCCGCCGCUGCUGAGUCCCACACAUUAUCCCGCCUCGGCCACGUACUCCUUCACGGCGGACUUUAGGGCGCCUGUGCCCACGCCCACGGCACUGGGAACUCUGCCGUCGCUCACAGUGGGUGACAAGGAGUCGCCAUCGCCGCCUGCCACCAGCACAGCCGCCGCUUUGGGCUACUAUGGCGCGGGCGUGGGUGGCGGCCAGAGCUACACGCCGCCACACAAGAGUCCCGGCAGCGGGUACCAGGUGGGUGCCUCAUCCCUGGGCCUGGGACUGUCUGCCUUCGAUGACGAUGGGGAGGACAGCACCGAGGAUGGGGAGGGCAGCGCCGGCGGUGAUUUGAAGCCGAAUCUGUGUCGCCUCUGCGGGAAGACGUACGCACGGCCCAGCACACUGAAGACGCACCUACGCACGCACUCGGGGGAGCGGCCAUAUCGAUGUCCGGACUGCAACAAGAGCUUCUCCCAGGCCGCCAAUCUGACGGCACACGUACGCACACACACCGGCCAGAAGCCGUUCCGCUGUCCCAUUUGUGAUAGACGCUUCUCGCAGAGCUCCAGCGUCACCACGCACAUGCGCACGCACUCCGGGGAGCGGCCAUACCGUUGCUCCUCCUGCAAGAAGUCCUUCUCGGACAGCUCCACCCUGACCAAGCAUCUGCGCAUCCACAGCGGCGAGAAGCCCUACCAGUGCAAGUUGUGUCUGCUCAGAUUCUCGCAGUCGGGCAAUCUCAAUCGGCACAUGCGCGUCCAUGGCAACAACAAUAAUAAUAAUGGCAGCAGCAGCGGCAGUGGCAGCAACGGUGGUGGCAGCAGCCUGCUCACAUGACAAAAGCCACGCAGUGCCGGCGGUUUUCAACACUAUCACCCCCCGCACCACCACCAGCACACAAACCUCCAUCACGUGCACCACCAGCAUCCGGCACAUCAGCACCACCAUCACCACGCCCACGCCCACGCCCACUCGCACAUGGGGAACUAUGACUACGGGAACUACAGCAUCGGCGAUUACACUCCACCCGGCGCCACACAAAACUAUUCAGGGUAUUAUUUCUGCGCACUCAACAAGCCGCCCAAGUUUGAGCGUUUCUACUAGAGCCACCCACACAUAGGUGAUG